AUGAAAGAUUCUUACAUGGGGGCGAUACAAAAAUACGAAUUGUCAAGUGAUGAUUGCAGUCAGGGGACUGGAAGAUUAUUAAAUGAAUUAGAAAUUGUUGUGUAUCCACCGAAUUUGGGGAAGUGGAAAGAGCAGAGUAGUAGAGAAAUGUUUUUGAAAGAAUAA